UGAAAAUGGAACCUACCUCAAGGGGCCCCUUGACGGCAGCACAUCCUCUGUGCAGCAGCAUUCUCACAAGAUUGAAGCUGGUUCUGCAGCAGAGUAAAGUAACCCAGUCAUUGAGAAUGUGCUGAAAAUUUCUGUGUCGCAUGUCCGAUACUCCAGAGAUGUCUGAACCCAUAUGCUACAUGAGCAUUAUCAGGACACUUUGCUUUUGAAUGAAAGCCUUUUCUAUUAUUGCGCCUCUACAAAAUGCAGAGUUUGGCGAACACAGACUUCAAGCAGAUGAUCCCGUUUACAAUGACAGAACAGUGAUGACAACUGUUGGUGAACAAGAUUCGAGGAAAAGGAACCUGGACGGUAGGGGAGAGGUUCUUAGAUGACAUUCAGCUCUGGAGCAUUCCUCUUCACCUUCUUUUGUGACAGCCUAUUGUUCUUUGUUAUCUACUGUUAUGCCAAAUUUGCACAAGCUGCGUGGAUUAACGAGAUCAACAGUUUAAUUGUUUUCGAGCAUAGAAGCUCACAUUGCUUUAAUAAAAAAAAAUAUAUAUUUAAAUAUAUUACCCUCAUAGUUUUAAAAAUCCAAAUGAGAGAACAAUCACAUAAAUAUUUGUGAUGGCAGCUAAGUAUCACCUCGGGGCUGGGAGCAGGAAGCACCCGGUACCUUGCUGCAAAUGUGGAUGACUGAAUCCCUGUCCUUUUAACAGUAAUAAAAAGUUUAUUUAGUUUGAGUACAUUAUGAUUCUUAUAUCAAUAUCAUUAUCCUUGAAGGAAUAAACUCGAUGAAGAAGUAUUUCAAACCUGAAAUGAAUCCACUGGGUCAGAAAGUUGAACGAUUUGAAGAAAUAAUACAAAGAAAAAGAAAGUAAACCACACACUGUUUCCUUCUGUCGGAACUAAGAGUCUGCGACAUUGCUGCCUCUGUUUUCAUCUGGAAAUUUUACACAAUGCUGGGUGACGGAAUAUUUUCAUUGCUGGAUUGUUUCUUCCUGCCUUUUUCUUUGUACUGGAUCUCAAGUAUGAUUUUGAUUGCCUUCAUCCACUAGAAGCUGGAGAUUAGAUAUCUCUUUCAAUUGUUGAACUUCAACAAAUAGUCAUCCACUGCUACCACAAUAACAGCAGUAAUGCUUCAAACUCUGAUGUGGUUCUAAAUUGCUCCUCUUCAAAGAAAAACAAUCCACUGACAAGCAGAUUUGCAAAAAAAUGAUCCCUCAUAUGGUCAAGAUUAAUAGAGAGGAUCUAUUAGAUUGCUACCAGAAGUUUAUUGUGCAUUAAGGUGUCUGCACAGUUUCAAUUUAACGAAUUGGGAGGAAUCCCUGCAAAGGAAGAUUCAUGGAAAUGAUGCAUGUGAAUAAUUUUCCCUUCAGGAGGCAUUCAUGGAUAUGUUUUGACGUGGACAAUGGCACAACAUCAGGUCGGAGUCCCUUCGAUCCAAUGACGAGUCCAGGCUCAGGACUCGUUCUACAAGCCAACUUUUCACAUGGCCAACGGCGGGAAUCUUUCCUGUACCGGUCAGACAGUGACUAUGACCUCUCCCCCAAGUCUAUAUCAAGGAACUCCUCCAUCGCUAGUGACAUGGGGCCUCAAUGUCCUGCAGCAGAUAGUCCACGAGUCUGGCCUAUGGGUAUGACACCCUUCCAUGGAGAUGACCCAAUUGUGACUCCCUUUGCACAGGUGCUUGCGAGCCUACGCACUGUAAGAAACAACUUUGCUACACUAACCAACCUGCAAGAUCGAGCAUCCAGUAGCAAGCGCUCACCAUUGUGUAACCAACCACCCAUGGCUAAGCCAACUUUCACAGAGGAGGCCUACCAAAAACUUGCAACAGAGACUCUGGAGGAACUUGACUGGUGCCUGGACCAGCUGGAGACCCUGCAAACCAGGAAUUCUGUCAGUGAAAUGGCCUCUAACAAGUUCAAGAGGAUGCUCAAUCGUGAGCUUAUUCACCUCUCUGAGAUGAGCCGUUCGGGCAAUCAGGUCUCUGAGUUUAUAUCCAGUACAUUUUUAGAUAAACAACAUGAGGUUGAAAUUCCAUCACAAGCACAGAAAGAAGAAAAGAAAAAGAAACCAAUGUCACAUAUCAGUGGGGUGAAGAAACCCAUACACGGCUCAAGCUCAACAGAUUCCAGCAUCACUAGGUUUGGAGUCAAAAUUGAGCAGGAAGAACCUUUGGCAAAUGAAUUGGACAACAUUAACAAAUGGGACUUUAAUGUCUUUAAAGCUGCAGAAUAUUCUGGAAACAGACCAUUAACAGUUGUCAUGUACACAAUUUUUCAGGAGCGAGAAUUAUUAAAAACUUUCAAGAUUCCACCAGACACUUUAAUUACAUAUUUGAUGACCCUGGAAGACCAUUAUCAUAACGAUGUAGCAUUUCACAAUAAUAUUCAUGCUGCAGAUGUUGCUCAGUCCACACAUGUUUUACUAUCAACACCUGCGUUAGAGGCUGUCUUUACCGAUCUGGAGAUCCUUACUGCAAUAUUUGCAAGUGCUAUUCAUGAUGUGGAUCACCCAGGGGUUUCAAAUCAGUUUCUUAUCAACACAAAUUCAGAACUUGCCUUGAUGUACAAUGACGCGUCAGUGCUGGAGAACCAUCAUUUAGCAGUUGGCUUUAAAUUGCUGCAGGAAGAGAACUGUGAUAUUUUCCAGAAUUUAACCAAGAAACAAAGACAGUCACUGAGGAAGAUGGUUAUUGACAUUGUUCUUGCUACAGACAUGUCCAAACACAUGAACUUGCUAGCUGACUUGAAAACAAUGGUAGAAACAAAAAAGGUGACCAGUUCUGGAGUCCUCCUUCUGGAUAAUUAUUCAGAUAGAAUACAGGUUCUGCAAAAUAUGGUGCACUGUGCAGAUAUAAGCAACCCCACAAAACCUCUUCACCUGUAUCGCCAAUGGACAGAUAGAAUAAUGGAUGAAUUCUUUCGCCAAGGAGACCGAGAAAGGGAAAGAGGAAUGGAAAUAAGUCCCAUGUGUGACGAGCACAAUGCUUCCAUUGAAAAAUCACAAGUGGGUUUCAUUGACUACAUUGUCCAUCCUCUAUGGGAGACAUGGGCUGAUCUAGUCCAUCCUGAUGCACAAGACAUGUUAGAUAUACUAGAAGACAACAGAGAAUGGUAUCAGAGCACAAUUCCACAGAGUCCUUCACCGGUCCCUGACGAUGGUGUUGAGGGACGACCAGGACAAGUUGACAAGUUCCAGUUUGAGUUAACACUAGAGGAAGAUGGUGAAUCAGACACUGAAAAGGACAGUGUUGGUAGCCAGGGUGAAGAUGGCAACAGCUGUAGUGACUCCAAGACUCUUUGCACCCAAGACUCUGAGUCAACAGAAAUCCCACUGGAUGAGCAAGUAGAUGAGGAGGAGGACCCAACAGAUGUCUCUCAGGAAGAGAAGGCAGAGGAGGAAGAAGAAGAGAAGGCUGUAGAUACAUAAUAACAUUGAUGGAGAAGGUAUCUUGGAAGAAUCUUCCAAGCACUACGUGUAGUUACAGCUGAUGCCAAUUCCUCAUCCUCAUCGACCAGUACUUUGUAUACUUUGUAUCUCACAAAGCCAGGAAUCAUCUAGAUGACUCUGUACUCAGGAAUAACAUGUCAGAAUUUCAGCUCCACGUCAUUGUCACAGCAUGGGAAAUCUAUUUAAAAAACGAUCGUUACUACUAUCAGAUUUAUGAAUCUGAAAUAGGAAUGGAUUGCUUUUGUUGGGAGAAUAAUAUUAAACCAAAUAUGGGUUUUGUUUUCACAAAGCUGUAGUAGCUGUUUGAGCUUUAUCCAUGUGAAGAAGUAUGGACAUCCAUUCAUGAGAUAAUGCUGCGGAUACUGGUUUCAUCAAAUAUUUUCAGCAAUGAAGAUUGAAAUGCACAGUAUUUUAUGAGACUGCAGUUAGAGAAGAUCUGUCACCAACGGGAAGUUUGAUCAUUUAUGAAAUCACGAGACGUUUUAUAAUUUCAAGUCUUCCUUGAAACCUGACUGUAAAAACUGUACUGCUAUAAGCUGUACUGACCUCUUUUUGUAUCAUAUGUAAUACAGAUAACUUUUUUAGAUUUUACUUUUGUUAAUACAGAUUUAUGGAGGUAUUAUAUUUAAAAUAAUUUUCAUCUGUUAUUAUUAGAUAUACACGUAACUCGCAAGUUCUCUGUUCCGUUCUGAAUGCUAAGUACAAACAGUUCUUUACCAUCUUACGCAUUAUGAUUUUAUGGAUCUAAUACAGUUCAGUUAUACUCUGGGAAUGAAAAAUGCCACAAGUCCCCAGAUGCUGCAUUUACCUUUGUUAACGAUUACAUUAAAAGGCAUUGCAUUCAAAUUAAACCCUUGAAUUAUACACUGUCCAGACAGUUACAGGAAACUCCUUGAAAGUAGACAAACAACCUUGAUAGGAUGUUUCCAAUGUUGGACUUAAAAUGCACUGAAUUUCACAACAUUCAAAUUUUCUUGCCAAAAUAUGCUCAAGCUGUAGACAGCUUGUGAAAGGAAUGCAAUGUUCCAUUGCAUUAUCACUAAGAUUCCAAUGAAAUAUUUACAAAUUAUGUAAAGCCGUGUAGACUACUGUAUCACAGCACGUAGUCUGCAAAUUAGCACACUUUACCUUGCAAGUUACUGUUCAAUGCAAAAUGUUAUCUUCCCCUCCCACCCUACCCCACUAAAAUGUCCUUGCUUGCCCCCAACCAUCUGCAUCAGGAUCUCUUGGGGAGAAUUUAUAGAUGGAACAAACUGUAAAACUUGAAUAGGUCUGGCUGUUAAAGAGCACCUAUCGAAUGAGCUUAUUUUACUCCAUUAUUUAAUUUUGUUGCCAUACCAUUUUUCCUCACCAGAUGACCUUACUUGUAAUCCAGUCUUGUUUGUCUCUGUUUACAACCAUGUAUUUAUUGAACUGUACAUACUGUAAUGUUCAUUGUAAAUUAUUGAUUCUUAGUAUAACACAAUUCAUAAUGGAGUGGUGUUAAUACAUUGGAAUCUCCUUGUGAAAAAAUGAAUAUACUUAUCUGUAAAUUUUCUUCUAUUUAUAUUUUGCCAUCUAUAGCUUGGCUAAGGAGAACCUUGAGGAAAUCAACACUUGAUGUAAACGGUUGCUGGCCUUUGGCCCCAGGGUUGUGCCUUAACUUUCUCCAAUAUAUUGUUACUGUCUGCUGCAUUUCAAAGCUUACUAGUCAAGUGACAAUUCGAUGAAAGGGGAAAUUCUUUCCUAUUUAAAAACAGAGCCUCCUUUGACACGUAAACUGUAGAUUUCAGCAGCCCUGGCCCAAAGGAAUUGGACAUAUUUUUCUUUUUGAAUUAAAUCGUAAUAAAAGGGAUUACAGACAAUUGUUAUCUGCAGAGACUCCUGAACAAUUUAUUUUGUUUUGAAUAUGUCUUUAGAGUAGCAACUUGUCCGGAGGUUACUAAAGAAAAAUCUUUCAAUGUUUUUCCUAAUCUCUUUACAGUCUAUGGUAUAGCACUGUAUGUAUAUCAUGCUGAGAAACUUCAUAAAAUGUUUUUAUAUGCAACGAUAAAAAUAAAAGCAUGAGUUGAUUCUACUUAAAA